CACCGAGUCGAAAUCACAAUUUUUAUUUUAUUUUACACUAUCGGAUCGCACAUAAUAAGAGUGUAUGAACUUUUAUACGUAUUUUAUGAAUCAUAAUUAAAACGUACAAAUCAAAAUAUAAUAAUGAAUUUUUAAUGUCGUUACGUGAGUAUCCGUGCUGGUUUCACUAUGGGCUACGACAUCGGGUGGAUCAUUCCUCGCCUCCGGAACCCCGGGCGCCUGUGGAACUGCGCCAGCUCCAUCACGGUGGCCGUGGUGGGGCUGUUCAGUAAGAUCAUCGUAGAGCUCCUGAACAAGACGACAGUGUACAACCGCGAGGCGCUGGUGCGCGCGGUGCGGCGGCCGCGCGGCGUGCCGCUCCUCACCGUCUCCAACCACCACUCCUGCUUCGACGACCCCGGCCUGUGGGGCGUGCUGGACGCGGGCACGCUGGUGCGGCGCGCGCGCAUGCGCUGGGCGCUGGCGGCGCACGACAUCUGCUUCACGAACGCGGUGCACUCGGCGUUCUUCGCUCUGGGCAAGUGCGUGCCCGUGGUGCGCGGCGCCGGCGUCUACCAGCCCGCCAUGGACUUCUGCGUGGAGCGGCUGCGGCUCGGCGAGUGGGUGCACAUCUUCCCCGAGGGCCGCGUCAACGUGGACAAGGAGCACAUCCGCUUCAAGUGGGGCGUGGGGCGGCUGGUGGCGGACGCGGCGGCGCGCGGCCCCGCCCCGCUCGUGCUGCCCGUCUGGCACGAGGGCAUGGACCGCGUGCUGCCCAACGUCGAGCCCUACCGCCUGCGCCUGCGCAACCACAUCGCGCUCCACGUCGGCGAGCCCAUCGCGCUCAGUCCGCUGCUCGACAAGCUGCGGAGCGUCAACGCGUCGGAGGAGGAGACGCGGCGCGCCAUCACAGAGCGCGUGCAGGAGGAGCUGCUGCGGCUGCGGGAGCGCACGCUGGCGCUGCUGCGAGACUGCAACGGCGCCGCCCCGCCCCCCGCGCCGCCCCCCGACCCGCCCCGCGCCAACGGCCACGCCCGCAAGGCGGAGGCGGAGCGCGACGCGUGAACUCUCCGCGAACCGAGCGACGCGAGCGCCGCCCGCUAGUCCCCGAACGUCCCGCGCUCGCGUCCGCCGCGUUUUUGAUGUUUUAUAUAUUUUAUAGGAGGUGUUCGGUUUGUACAUAGUAGUUAUGUAAUUAGCAAAUUGAUGUCGUUCCCGCGAGGCGAGAUCCUCGCCCGCGUGUCGCGGUGUGCUCGUGCCGGGAGCCGACGGACUCGAACCGAUACUGUGUUGUGGUGCCACGGCGCUCGCCCGCGUCCCCGCCUGAUGCGGCGCGUAGAUGCGGCGGAACAUGAGUCCCCCCCCUCGACUGUCGAGUAUCGUAGCAGUUAUUCCGAAGCAAUACGUCGCUAGACAGUGUAGACGAAAGCUACUUUUUUAAAACAUUUUCACUUAUUAUAUAAGCGAAAGUAUACAUGUCUCGAAGUACAUGUGAUGAGGUAUCGUUUGCGUGCGCGCCCGCCGGCGGCGUGCGGCGGCGGGCGGCGCGCGGCGGCAGGCGGUCGGCCUCGCGCGCUCGCUGUUGUGAUGUCGUCUGUGAGCCGAUGAUGUUAAAUCUCUAUUCAGUAGCUGUUGGUGUUAGUUCGCCUGCCCGGCUCCCGAGUCCCGCGUGGCCGUGACGUCACCGCGGACGUGUCGUGUGACGUCACGCGGCCGCGUCCUCGCGUCCCGCACUCGCUAGUCACUGUCCGCGUAGAAUGAACGUAAUCAUGGCUUUGUACAACUUAUAGUUUUUGUAUUGAAUAUUUUGUAACGUGUUAUAU